CUGGAUCUCACUUGACAGGCCUCUGACAUGAUGGCGUUUACAUCACGUCCUCAACAACUUUUUGCAGUACGGCGAUAUUGGGUCACUUGAUACGAGUAGCGAGACAAAGUAACCUCAAUGACCACCGCCUCACAUUAAGUGAAAGCAGUUUACAGCCCAGGCAGCAAACAAAACGGACGGUGUGAAGCUCGGCGCUCACACGAGACAUCACAAUGUCCGAACAACUAGCCGACGAGCUCGAGGCCAUCAACUCCAUCUACGGCGACGGCACUCUCUCCCCAUCCGACGACGACUCACCCGCCACUUACAUCCUGACUCUCCCCGGCGACAUCACCUCAUCCACCCUGCGUCUGCAGUUCCCCCCAGCCUACCCCGAUGAACCACCCGUCGUUCUCGGCACCCACUCCUCCGGCGAGCAUGCUAAGCGCGGCGCCGCUGCUCGAGACCUGGCUCUCUUCCGCGACGCAGUCGGCGAGGUGUACGAGCCGGGCCAAGUCUGUCUGUUUGAUGCCAUUGAGCAAGUGAAGGAACUCAUAGCCGCAGUCACCACGGCGGAGAAGGAGGAUGAGGAGGAGGAGGAGGACGUGGAGGAAGGAAAUGGAAAGAGGGUAUCCUCAUAUGACGCAACAGCAGCAACUCAUGAUACACAGACAGGAGGAGGGGGGGGAGGAGAUCUCCUUGGCCCCGAACCUCCCUGGACGCUCUCCCUUCCCAUGAUCGAACUCAAAUCGACCUUCAUCGCCCGCUGCGCGCCAGUUACCUCUCCGCAACAGGCGGCGCAGUACCUGCAACACCUGCUGGCGUCGGACAAGCGGGUCCGGGCGGCUACGCACAACAUCACGGCGUGGCGGAUCCGCGGGCCAAACGGCACGUCGUUCCAGGACUGCGACGACGACGGGGAGACGGCGGCGGGCGGCAGGCUGCUACAUUUGAUGCAGCUGAUGGACCUGUGGGACACCAUGGUCGUGGUGACGCGGUGGUAUGGAGGCCAAAAGUUGGGGCCGAGGAGGUUCGCGCUGAUUAACGGCGCGGCGAGGGAUGCGUUUGUUAGGGCGGGGUUGGUGGACGAGGAGAACAAGCAGGAAGGGAAGAAGAAGAAGGGUGGGAAAUGAGUUGGCUGGUAAUAGUCUCGGGAUUGCCCAGCUUUGAUUGCUGACAGUAACUACCACAGCAAAAAUAAUGAGAUAAAGAUCUCAAAAGGCCUAUUUUGCAGAUACCAAGAUGAAUUCAUUCGCUACAUCGCAGCCAAAACACCACGCAGCUCCGUCCAACCAUGCAACUUUCUCCAAAGAUUACAGCCAACGCAAAAUUAUCCUCCGCCGCGCCGAUUUUUGACACCACGAUAUGAAGGAGUCGAAAUUGUACAAACUUUUGGGCCUUUUUCACCAUGAACGAUCAUCCCCAAAGCCGGGCCAACGCAGCAUGUCCUUCUCAGCCACGCAUCACAAUCGAAAACGGCGUCACUCACCCCUGGCUUUUCAGCAACGGUUCCAAAAUUCCCAGAGCCGUCACGGCUUGCUCACAGGACAAGAUCACAGCGCCGGCCCUCGCCGUCGACAAGUACGACAGCUCCACGCUCUCCGCCAUGGGCAUGUCCUUGACCAACCUCCCGGCAACCCCCGAAACGAUGCCCGUUGCCUCGAACGGCAAGUUGACCAGGUCGAGAAAGAUGGGCACCAGCGUGCCCUCCGUCGGUCCCACCAGCGAGUCGCCAAACAUGUCCACCAGCGCCUUGUCCAGCAGCAGCGAAGGGGGGUCAUCUUGCGCCAGGGUCACCGAGAGGAACCGCGGCUGCGACACCAGCGCCGAGAUGAU